CUUUAUAAUGGAAUAAACUUUACUUCUUUAUCUCUUUAUUCUUUAUCUCUUUUCGUAUUUCUACAAAAAAUUCGCAAGUUAAGCUUUGUCUAGGUGUAUAUGCUUAUCCACGACUUUACGAUAUAGUCUGUCAUAGGUUCUGAAGAAAAUUUAUUAUCAGACACAACAAAUGAUAAUAAACAUCUUUUAAAAUAUUAUUUUAAAGUAUUUGAAUAUCGUAUUGAUAAAUAUUUCCAGUAAUUUUACCAUAUUACAAUACAUUAAUAAUACAUAGUAUCCCACUUUUCACGUUGAUUACAUUUAUAUUUCUUGUGCAGAACAAAAUUGGCAAGUCAGAAAGUCAGUUCACGGAAAUAGGAUAGUAACGCGCGACAGAAAAGAAACAAAUCUAUAUUUAAGUCGUUUAAGGAGUUUUACAGAAAAUCAUUAUAUAAUAUAUUAAUACUAUUCCAGUUGUCGAGGCAAUAAUUUCGAUUAACAAUCGAAUUUUAUUUUACACAAGUCGCAUAUUCGAACAACAUGUCUCAUGUCGAAGAUUCCCAGAGAUGGCUCAAUGAGGUGAUGUCGAAGAUCAUCGAGAAUCUCGGACCGAACGCGGACGAAGCUCGAUACAAACUAUCGAAAUCUAUCGUUUUGAUUAUGACCGGCAUAUAUUACGUACGCUUGCAGUUUAAGAAUAAGACAAACGGUCAGAACGAAGAAUUGUCUAUUGUACUGAAAAGACCACAGCAGGAUUUAUGCGCGCUUCACAUCGAAAAACAGUUUCACAACGAGAUGCUGUUCUACCAAAUGUACGUCCGACCGGACGAGAAUCAUCCCAGAUGUUUCUACGUUAAUGAACGGUUGCCUACCGAUUCAGUGAUCGCCUUAGAGAACGUCAACGAACGAGGCUAUUAUUCCUGUUCAAAACAGUACGACCCUCCUUUGCAGUACACAUUGGCGGCGAUGCGCGAAUUGGGACGAUUUCACGGCAAAGGGUACGUUAUGAAGGAACAGCGACGGAAAGAAUUCUUCGACUUCGUGGAUCAACUUCAAGCUGCCAGGUACACGAAGAUGAUGAACUUCUAUAGAAUCGCAAUAAAUAUUUGUGCUACACGAGGAGUGGAAUAUCUUCGCAGACAGGGCUACGAUGCAAUUUUCUGUGAUAAGAUGGAAGCCUUGCUGUCAAACGGGUUUGAUGAAGUGAUGAUAAAGAUGGAACCACUGGAACCUUUAUCCACCCUGUGCCACGGCGAUUUUACAUUAAGCAACGUUCUCUUUAAGACAGAAAAGGACGGACAGUAUCGCGCGAUGCUAAUCGAUUUCGGGCUUAUUAUGUAUUCUACUCCUGUCGUCGAUCUUUCUACAUAUCUCUUCAUGUGUUGCACGAAUGAGGAGAGAAGAGAGAAAUUUUCUGACAUCAUGCGGGCCUAUCAUGACGCUCUGAUUGAGUAUUUGCUGGAUGCUGGCAUUCAAGACGUUGGGAAAUACUCGUAUAAUGCUCUAUUGGACGAUUUUAAGAGGGGAGCUCUAUUCGGUUUACUUCUUGCAACGGUAAUUUUACCAGCAUUAUUAGGAUACGACAGUGUCACAGAAAUACGUAAAAGCUACUUGAAUAACACGGACAUAGCAGAGGUUUCAAAGAAACGCAAAUAUCUCGGCGGCGACAAAGUAUGUAAAAUACUAGCUGAUUCAUUGUUGCAUCUUAGAGAACUUGGCUGUUUGGAAUAUUUUUUAUAGUCAUGUGAUACAAUUCGAAUGGAUAAAAUAUAAUUUGUAUUGAUUAUAAAUAUGGGACGACCUACACUGUAAAAUGUUUCUUAAAGAAUUAAUCUUUAAACUAAUUCCUUGAGUUAAAUAACAUUUUGUUAUUUUUAACAUUUUUAUAUGUAACAAAAUUUAUGAUUUUAACACAAAAUAUAAAAUUAAAAAAACAAUCUCAUCUCUAAUCAACACAUUUCUAUGAUAAAAUUGCUUAAUUUUAAAAUAAGUAAUGUCUGUUAACAUAUACACCAAGUCAAUAAUAAAUUUAAUUUAAUUCGUAUUUUACAUUUUUACAAUUAAUAUGUUUAACUUUAUUGUUUUAGUUUAAAUUAACUACCUGUUCAUCAAAGUAGGGGGGACUUAUAAGAACUUUUAAAAACAACUCAAAUUAGGUAGACUUCAACGUUACAAAUUUAACAAUGUAUACCAGUUACAGUAGAUCAUAUUAACAAUAAAUGACAUUAUUUACAUUGCCUGGCUAAAGGGAAUGCCACACUGUGCCAGUGAUUUUUCGGGGAGAUGGAAUAGAUGCUUCCAAGCAUCAAAAUUAUUAAAUUGCUCAUUAAUUUAAUAAUAUUAUGUAUUUUGACAUAAUGCAAUAAUUACAUUUCAAGUCUAAUUAAUAUGCAGCGCGCAGUGCGCAUAAGUCAAACAGUGUAAGAAUCAUUCAGUACUAAUUGUAAGAUUUGCUGUGACCGAUAUAGGCUAUCUCAUAUUUAUGUUUGAUAUUUUCAUCAAUUCGAAUUUCAAACUUGUUUUUAAUCUAUAUCGAUUAAUAACUGUAUAUGUCAAAAAAUCUUUAAGAAAAUGUUCUCGCUUUGAUUUUAUUUUGUAUCAAUUUUUAAUAAUUUUUUGUAAUGUAAGAAAUUUCACGAUUGCCGCGUUUUAAGAUGAAGAAGUUAGAUAAGAUCAGAAACAAAAGUUUUUUAAAUUCUUAAUUUGUAUAAAUGUAAUCUUUGUACGUUCAAACCACAAUCAAGUUAAGAAACAGAUUUUUACAAUAAUAGCAAUUUUGAAAUAAAUUUUGAUUUUGUAGUCUUUUUCCGUGACUAUUUCGUACCGCAAAAGUAAAUAAAAAAUUGGAAAUUUUAUUUGAUUGUAGUUUGAAUAAAAGAGAAAAAUGUUUGAAUAUCUUCUAAAUUUUUUGAAUCAAUUGGAUUAAAACUAGGCGAGCUAUGUAUUACUAAUAAGAACUUUAAUAUGUCAAUAAUAUUUCAAAAAAGUAAGAUAAACGCAAGAAAUAAUAUAUAUAAUCAUUAAUCAUAAAUGUAUAUUUUAAUUUAAUAAUAUUUAAAAUUCAUUAUUAAGAUUGUCAGUUUACAUACGGGUGUCCCACAACCCGUAAUUAAAAUUUUAGUAACAUAUUUCUUACUUAAAAAUAAGAUGAAAAUCCUAAUACGAAAAUAUCGAGGCUAUAAUACUUUUUAAAUGAGAAGUAUUUACAGUAGGCAAAUCAGUCUAAAAAUCGCGCGCUCAGUGACAGUACAAGUCAGUGGGUGCUCUUGCACUUUUGUCAAUUUGCUAUAUCAUUGAAGUAAUUACGAUGAUAUUAAAAUGCUUUGUUGAUUGAAUCAUAUUUAAAUAUGAAUGCAUUGUAAAUGUCAUAAUCAUUUGAAAAUAUUACAGAAUAUUAAAAAUAAUUAUAAUAAAUUAUUAAAAUUCA